AUGGAUGAAGAAUACGACUACAUCAUCAUUGGUGCAGGCAUUGGUGGUCUGGUCCUGGCGAAUCGGCUGAGUGAAGAUGCUGAUGUCAAGGUCCUGGUCAUUGAAGCCGGCCCAAAUCAUAUCGGCGAUCCGUUUAUUGACACACCUGGACUUUUGUCCACGCUAUAUGGAAACCCCGAUUAUGACUGGGACUACAUGAGUGUCCCGCAGGUUCAUGCGAAUAACCGCCAAAUUGGACAACCCCGCGGCCGCGUCGUUGGCGGCUCCUCCGCUUUGAACUUCUCUGUGGUCAUGUACCCCACCGCAUCGAAUUUCCAGGCCUGGGAGGCAUUGGGAAAUGCUGGUUGGGGUGCAGAGAACAUGGCUCCCUACCUUCGGAAAUUCCACACCUACUCCUCGCCAAGCGAGGCCACCGCAGAGCUCCUGGGUACAUCUCGGUAUAUGAGUGUGGAGAAGCAAGGAACCAGCGGACCGAUCCCUAUCUCUCUGCCUGACGUAUUUGGCCCGUUCAACAAGGCUUGGGACGAGACAUUUGCUGAGCUGGGCUGGCAAACGGAUGCCGACCCCAUUGAGGGUCGGAAGCUGGGUGCUUUCACAUCCCCUCUGACGGUGGAUGCUGAGAAGGGAAAACGAGGUUACGCGGCGGCAUACUAUUCCCCCGAAGUGGCCGCACGACCAAACCUGACACUCAUGGCGGAGACCAUGGUGCAGAAGAUCGCCCUCGCCGAAGAAGAUGGGGAGGUAGUCGCAAAGGGUGUGCAUGUCGAGACUUGGAAGGGUAAAUUCCAGAUCAAGGCUAAGAAAGAAGUCAUCGUCUGCGGAGGCAGUUUGAAUAGUCCUCAGGUUCUCGAGCUGUCUGGUAUCGGCAACGCAGAACUUCUUCGCAAGCACAACAUCCCUGUCGUGAUUGAUAACCCUGCCGUUGGAGAGAACCUUCAAGACCACGCCCUUACGACUAUUAACUUCGAGAUUGCCGAUGGCCAGAUCUCGGGAGAUAUAAUGCGUGAUCCCGCUGUGGUCGAGUCAUUGAUCAAGCUCUAUGAGCAGACACACGCAGGUCCGCUGGCUGGUAUGCCUAUCAGCAUGGCUUAUCUUCCCCUCGUGGAUGGCAAAGGUGUCGUCCCCAGAGAGGAAGCCGAGAAGCUCCUCUCUAAGUACCUUGAUCAGGACGAUAUUCCUGCCAACCUGCGCGCGCAGUAUGCUCACCUCCGCAAAAUUAUUCUUGACCCCCAGGACGCAUCACAACAUUUCCUUUUCCUUCCUUCACAGCUUCACAUGAACCCGGGCAAGACUACUCUCUCUGAUGUGCUGGAGAAGAAAUUACCCGAGAACUAUGUCUCCAUCAUGCUGCUGCACAACCACCCCUUCUCGCGUGGAUCGGUCCAUAUCGCGUCCGCAAGCAGUGAUGAUAAGCCAGUCUAUGAUCCGAACCUUCUUUCCCACCCACUAGAUAUCGAGCUUAUGGCUCGGCAGAUGCAGUAUGUGGACCAAAUCUCCACAACAGGACCUUUUGCUGCCCUUCUUAAGCCUGGCAUGCGCGAACCAGAAAACACAAAGAAUUUGAGUGAUCUGGAGCACGUGAAGGAGGUCGUGAAGGAGCGUCUAUACACUUGUUUCCAUCCCGCAGGUUCUUGUGCCAUGUUGCCGAAGGAGCUUGGCGGUGUUGUUGACUCUAAUCUGAAGGUAUACGGCACAAAGAAUUUGAGAGUUGUCGAUGCCAGUAUCUUCCCUCUUGAAACAAGCGGAAAUAUUCAAGCGACUGUUUACGCUGUUGCGGAGAGGGCAGCUGAUUUGAUCAAGGGUCAGUGUUAG